UCUGUCAUGCGUUGAAUUGUCACAACACAUAAAUGUCAAAAGAUUUGUAAAAAUGGUGAUAUUAAGGUUGUGGACGAUUUUUUUUGUGUUUGUUAAAUUUGUUUUUAAAAGUAAUGGGGCCACGCAUUGGGUUGUUACCGAAAAAGGAAUGAUUCAGUCACAUGUGGGGUCUCCUCUUGAUCUCCGUCGUCCCUACGAUUUGAUCUCGCUUCUGGACCAAGAAAAGCGUUGGAAUGAGGUCCAAACCGUUCUCCAAGAACUCAUGACUCGUAAAUCGACCAUUGAAGAAAAAUGGUCGAACUUGCAAGGAAAUCCAAGCAUGGAGUCAAAAGUGGCACUUAAAAAUUCGGAUUGUUUGAUGAACGGCAAACUUUUAAACGCUAUUGACAUUUAUAAUAUUGCAACAAACGGAAGUGAACGCGUUAAAGUUGAUUUAACAAUCGAGAAAGACGGUGUAACGAAUUAUCAUAUCCCUGAUUGUAGUAAAUACAGUAAAAUCGAGUUUAGUAUGCCGGAUUAUGAACGGUUUCCGUCUUUGCAUAGUGAUGAUAAUAUCACCUUGGUUCCGGAAGAUUCUCUGGAGAAGUUGAUGCCGGUAACGUCGGUUAAACUUUUUGGCCAUGAGAUACAUAAAGAAUUAGUGAAGAAUUCGAGCUCGUGGGUACAUUACAAUUUAGGAGCGUUGUUUUGGAGGAUUAAAGGGAACGGACCUAAAGCUGUAGACUGUAGUAGAAGGGCACUUCAUUACGUCCCUAAGAUCUACAGAGAUAUCCCUUUACAUAACUUAGCAGGCAUUCUGCAUAAAGCCGGCCGUUCAAAAGAAGCAACUUUGAUGCUUCACACCGCACUUGAGACUGCAUCUAAGCAAAACUUGCACUAUCUUGCUUUAGGCAAUAUUUACUUCGCUAUGGGAGAUUAUAACAAUUCUCUUUUAUACUACGACAAAUUCCUUGAACUUGAACCUGAACAUAACGAAGUUAACGUAAUGAAACAAGCAACUCUUUGUUUCUCUAAACUCGAAACUCACUUAAUCGACUUUCAAGAGAAUGUUUUAGGCUACCUUCAAGGUAUUUUGUCUGAUUUGCACGAUUUUCAUAGUCUACAACAGCACUGGUUGAGGCUGAGUAAACGGUUAAUGUGGGAGCAUUCUUCUUAUGAUGAGGAACUGGGAAAUUUUCAGGAUGAUGUGUUUGAUAUUUCGAAUUUCGGGAAAAAGAGUCAACGUUGCGUCAAAAAAAUGUCGACAAUAUCGUGUGAUCUUAUCGACAGUCCAAUUGCGGAUUUCGACACGAUGAAUCUACAGAAUUUAUUUCAGUAUGUCGAAUCAGAAACACAGAAAAUUAACGAACGAAUGGCAAAAAGCAAUCGAUUAAAUACUAACGAAAACAAAGACGUAAAUACGCCACAAACGUAUCCGAAAUUUCCCACAACUAUGUCAACAUCCGGAGAAAAAUAUUUCGAUGUUGCCGGGUGGCCGCAAGAAGAAGAGUGCAAAAAGUGGGACUUACCAAUCAGUCAAAAAGAGGAUUUAAAGUUACCGAUUUUCUUGCCGCCGGAAAAUAAAGGCUACGAUAUAAAUAAAAUUUUGUCGGAUUCGAUCGGUUUGCCUAAUGGUUCGGAACAUAAAUUACCUUGGUAUCCACCAGUUUGUGACGAUUCGAACGCUUUUGGGGAAAAAUACGUUCAACAAUCCGAACGUCAUUUUCUUAACAAUGAGAUUAAAAGUAAUCAGUUUUUGAGAAACCAUUUUAUUAAAUAUGUUAAUAAUGGUAAAGCCGACGAGGCUGAGAUCGGUCAGAGGAUUAUAACAGCGAUAGAAAAGAAAAGUGCUCCAAAUUGGAUUUUGUCAACUCUUGCCAGUCUGUAUUGGCGAAUUCGGGGCAACACUCGUAAAUCUCUUGAUUGUCUAGAUCUAGCUCUAAAAACUGCACCGAAGGACCAGACUGAUGUGAUUCUAGUUUCAAUUAGUUCGAUAGUGCAUCAAUUAGGUUUAGUGAAUCAAGCAUUGAAGUAUGCGAAUUUGGCAUUUAAGCUGAAUUACGUAGAACCAAGUACAAAUUUUUUACUUGCUCUUUUACACUAUGAGAGUAAUCCGUUAAUGGCGAUGUAUUACAUGAAGAAUGUUUUACGUGUCGAUCCGGAAUAUUACGACGGCCAGGCUGAAUUGUUGCUCAAAAUAUGGGGCUGUCGUGUCAAAAUGGGUACUUACAACACCGUAAAGAAACCAAACGAGAAGUUACCACAGGAGAUUUGUUCGGAAAAGGAGUCGUUUAAGGGUCAAGGUAUGAUCUGUUCGGCCAAUGGAGAUGAUUGCAAAACUGCUUCGAUUCAGUGUUUCCAUACGAAAAGUCUUGAAGAUGGUGUUGCCAAAUUUAAAACAGGAGUUAAACACUCAUUAAUUUCUACUAUCAUUGCUGCUGAAGGUUCCGGUGAUAUUGAACCCGACCAGUCACAGUUAGAGCGGAUAACAGAUUCACCUCAUCCAUUCCACAUGAGGAUUUUACUAGGAGAUGACCAAGUUACUCCCGGCCCUACACCGGAGUUUUACGUUGGUUUUAGCGAUGAUUCUACUUCCGAAACCGUUCUCCACGUCUAUGACAAAUCAGGAACUUACUCUUUAUCGUCUCAAGGAUGUAAGCAGAUAAUAGAGGCCGAUUGGGUACACUUUACUUCAAUGUGGCAAUCAAUCGCUGCUAGAAACUUGGAUAUUGGACCCUACUUGAAACCGUUACCGAAAAAUACAAAAAAGCGUAACACUAAACCAUAUUGCAGUGACGCCAGUUUCAGUGAAAGUGACAGUCUUUUGGUACAAUUUACGAACAAAAUUUUACGUAGCAUAUCUACCACUUCACCUGAUAAGAGUUUAGCCGAAUGGUUGGGUAUCAUGGCCGGUGACCAGAAAGCGUCAGUUGAGGAGUUGGGUGCGAAAAUUGGGCUAGCCUUGCAAGAAAAUACAACUUCCUGGCUUUUGGCUACCGCAGCUGCGAUUUAUUGGCGCGUUGUGGGCAAUACUGAAGAAGCCAUUGUGUGUUUGCGGCUAGCUCUUAAUCAUGUACCCGACGAUAUGAAAGAUGUGCCAUUAAUAAACUUAGCAAAUGUUUUGCAAAGGUUUGGGGUCAACGAUGAUGCAUUGGAUGUGGCUUAUAUGGCGCUGAAAAGUAAUCCGAAUUUUGUUGUUAAUCAUUUCACAGUUGGUAAUAUUUUGGCGUCCAUGGGCGAUUUGGAGGAAGCUAUAUCGUUUCAUCGAUCGGCUCUCGCCUUGGAUUCGAAUUUUGAACCAGCAAGGAAUCGAUUGCAGGCAAUUUUAUGUACACUGCUGUUUGACGAGUCUGGAACUUUGAGGAAUAUACCUGAAAAUUAAUAUAUAUUUAAUAAAUAAAAGAUACUAUUUUUGCAUGCCCUAAGGAAUAUAUGUGUUGCCCAUUCUAAAAAUAUAGAUUGAAUCCAGAUUGUUUAUCGAGUUGAUUAGAUGUUUAGGCCUUUGGUUCUUUCAACAAAAAAUACAUGUGAUGAAAUUUUCACAAGUGAUAUUUUUAUAUUUUUUAUUUUAGUACUUAAUUGCCAAAGAUUUGGAAAUGACUUGUGUUCAUAAUGCUAGAAGUAGGUUUUUUGCAUACAUUCCAGCUGGAUGAUUUCUGACUUAAUUGCUAUUUCAUUUAUUUACCAAGUUUUUGGUAUGUUUUACUUAGUGACAAAAAAUGAGAAUCUCCUGUUUUGUUCCUAUCAUUUGUAAAAUAUUGUUAUCACUGUUUAAUUACAAUGACUUUUAAAUGAA